GCCCUGGUGGUUCAAACUCAGAGCAGGCCUUGUCAUUCCUAGGAGAAACAUACUCAAGAAAGAGUAAGGCAGGGGCCCCCAAGGCCAUUUAGAGGGAUGUCAGAGCUGGAAAAAGCCUUCCGUAAAUUUGCUGUGUAUGGAGACACAGCUGCCACAGGGAAUGACAUGACAGGCAAGAACUUCUCCAAAAUGUUGAAGGAAUGUGGUGUAAUGGAUGGCAAAGCUGUGACCAGCACUGAUGUGGACAUUGUCUUCAAUAAAGUCAAGACCAAGGGCGCUCGCAACAUCACAUAUCCAGAAUUCCAAGAAGCGAUAAAGGAACUGAGUGCUAAACGCUUCAAAGGAAAGUCCCCUGAGGAAGCUUUACAGUCCACUCACCAGUUGAUAGAGGGCAAGGAACCAGGCAGUGUCGGGGUGACGAAAGCUGUUGCAGCUGGGGCAGUAGACAGACUGACAGACACCAGCAAAUACACAGGUUCUCACAAGGAACGCUUUGACGAAAGUGGCAAAGGCAAAGGGAUAGCUGGGCGUGCAGAGCUGACAGACAACAGCGGCUAUGUUGGGGCUUAUAAGGGAGCUGGGACUUAUGAUAAGAGCCACUAGAUGUGAAGCGGUGCCUCCCGGAAAACCUUCUGUUCUCCUUGGCCUUGGAAUGAGAGGCCAAUAAACACCUGUUCUAAAUGAUUGUGUUUAGUGUUUGUGGGACUAUAUAGUCAUUCAAUCUUAUGAUUAAUCACAGAUAUACUGCAGCGCUCCCCAUCCUUUCUAUCUUCCAUUCCCCUCCACUGAAUCCCUGCAGGUUUUGACCUGUUUCCUACCCCACCAGGGUAACCUCUGGAAGCAGCUCAGCAACAAAGCAGCUUGCCUUGCUUUCUUAACACAACUCUGCAGUGUUCUGUAUUGCUGCGGAACAUUAUGGAAUGCUGUGGAGUUCACAUUAAGAAAAUGAAGCAAGUCACUUUGUUGUUGGCCAGGUAAUGCAAUCCUGGAAGUGGCCAUCAAUUGGGCAGUCCCAAGGCAAUCACUUGAGUGCUUCACUUAACAGCCAUCAAGAUCUCUGACCAUAAAGGGCAGGCUCCAAUAUAGUCAUAAGUCAAGGACUACUUGUACUCCAACAUCUCUUGCUUCCUCGUCACUCCCAGUUCUGCUCCCCUUAGUUUGUAUGAGAAGCUAGGAUUUUUGGCACUAAUGCAUAUUGCAUAAUGUGCAACACAUAAAACAUGACAUAAAACAAAUUCAUGCCUGUACCUAUACAGCAUUGAGACAAAGGUUGUAAGUAUAUAAAUGAGCCCAGAUCAUUUAUCUUCUACACUUCACGCCUUGCUCUGCAGAAACAUAAGCUACAAUAAAUUGUAAGUCAUAAUUAAAUUAGGACAUCAUCCAGGAACAUUGGCAGUUCUGGUUUAUUGGCAACAAGAUACAGAGCCCUCCAUGAACUGAAAAAGAUCUACAAGUGGGGCACUGCUGUUCCUUCUAACUAACACAUACGUUUAACUCCCACUGUUUCUUCCAUUUGAGGCUAAUUGUUUUAUUAUUUCCUGGCUAAGAACAGGAAAAAGACUCAGACUCAUUAUACUCAUAGAAGUAUUCAUAGAGGUGAGGCUCUGGGAACCCUGGUUGACCAAGUCAUAAAUCUGGCUCAAGCCUACACUAUGGGGAAUAUCCAAUCCAUCACAACGGGAAAAGAAUUAGGGUAUCUAAGAAAUGGAGUUUCAUCGUCUAUACUAGCCAAUUCAAUUCAAUAUAUUUUGUCCUCUGGAAUGUGGCUAAAAGAGAUGAUGGCAUAUAUAUCAUUAAGGCUUGAAACCCCCCCCUCUCUGUGUUUGGGUGUGUAUGUAUAUGUGUGUGUAUAUAUACAUGUACACACACAUAUAUAAUUAUAAAACAGCCAUACAUAUAUAGAAGCAAGCAUGAUUGAAUUUUGAGGACCUAACACCUUCAUGCCUACAAUUGGCAUCUUUUGAUAUCCCAUAGAUUAAUUUGACAGGUCAGAGAUAAGUUUUGCAAGGGUAAGAUGCAAGUUAAUUCUUUUAUCAAUAAGCUUUUUAUUAGAGGCUUGGAUAAGAAUCUGUAAGAACAGAACAUCCAAAGUCAGUAUGAAGAAACUCUUGUGUUUCUUUGAAUAUGGCAAUGAAAGGAAAUGAGGCAUGCCAUGUGGAUUAAGAUGUGGUAGAUAAUGAAGGAUCUUCCAAAACAAGGGAACAAUUCUAACCCUUUCCUUAUUUAGAUGCCAGUCACCUAUAGGAGCUUUGCAGCGAUUGUAACUUGAGGACCAGGUCUUAAAUAGGGGUGUUUUUUUGGGUGUGUGUGUGUUUUUGUCAUAACUUUGAAAGGUAAGUUAAGAAUUAACUAUAAUGAUAAACACUUUCAAAAAGGUACCACAGACUACCACCUUUAUUUAUUCAUUUAUGUGGCUGCCCAUCUCAAAUGAUUCUGGGAGAGUCUGGGAGAGUCGCCAUGAGAUCUUGAAAAAGGUACAGAUAGUACUCCAGUUAAAAAUGUCUGACUUAAGGACAACGCUUAGAUAUGAACAUGCUGUCUGUUACUAAGAGAGGUGGCUGGCAUUGUCCUUCCUCAAGCAAAUGAACUGUUGAAGUCAUGCAAUGUUUUAUGAAUCAUUGAAGCCAUAUGUUUUCAAUAAACAGCCUAUUUUCAGUGGUUUUCAGUAACUUAUGAAAACAUUACAUGGUUUCAGCGAUUUGUCAGCUUGAGGAAGGACAAUGCUGUCUGCCAUUUUUAAUAAUAGCCUAUUUGUACAUAUAAGUUCUGUCUUGCAUACAGGUAGUCUCGACUUACAACAGUUCAUUUAGUGACCGUUAAAAGUUACAAUAUCAUUGGAAAAAAAGUGACUUAUGACUGUUUUUCACACUUACG